GGGUGAUCUUUGUCCCUUGAAUAAGUUGGCAGAUGAUGCAAUGGGAACUUGCAUCUAUAAAAGCUGAACAAGGAUGUUCAGGUGUGUUCAUUACCUUUUGAGAAAAAAAUUGGAUGGGCCAAAAAAGAUCCAAAGACGAUGCAGUGUUUGAAAGUUGUGGCACUCUUCUCGAUUUGUUCAGUUCUGCUGUUUCAGAUACACUGUGCCUCACUGCAUCCACAAAAUGCUCAGCUUGUUAGGCCAAAAAGAAUGACACCUUUCUGGAGAGGACUUUCAAGACCAGUCAGAGCACCAUGCAGGGAUAACAGUGAAUGCUUCACAGGAUUGUGCAGGAACAAACAAUGUUCUUUAAGAAUAUCGCAAGAGUAGUUAUGUCCUAAGAAGAACAAACUGUUACCUUGGAUGAUGCUCCCCCUUGUUUAUUUAUUGUCAC